AUGGAUGAGCAACCUGCCGAUUCCUCCCAGACAGCGAACUGCGACCACAUCCCCAUCAUUGAUUUGUCGAGUAUUGAUAGCCCGCACAUCGAGGACCGUCGUCAAUUAGCCCAAAAUAUUUACGGUGCCUGCACUCAAGUUGGGUUCUUUUACGUCAAGAACCAUGGGAUCUCCGAAGAAUCGAUCAGUGGCAUCCAUCAAGCAGCAGAGCGUUUCUUCAAUCUCCCCGAAGACCAAAAGAUGAAGGUCUACAUUGGAAAUUCCAAAAAAUUCCGGGGGUACAGUCCUAUCGGAGGUGAGCGAUCGACAGGCACCGACGACGAGCCGAUAUCAGUAGAAGAGGCCACCGGAGUUCUCUCUGAGGCAUUCGAUGUUGGAUAUGAGCUUGCGAUGGAUUUCCAAAAGUCAAAAGAUGACGUUCUGCCCCCGGAUAUUUAUAGACUCUAUGGCGACAAUCAAUGGCCCGACCAAGAGACCCUUGCAGGUUUCUCACAGACAUACAUCCAGUACUGUGGCACGCUGCUAGAGUUCUGUCGCAGGCUAAUGAAGAUAUUUGCUCUCUCCUUGGACGUCCCGGAGGAAUACUUUGACUCCAAGAUUCGGAACCCAGGGGUUACAUCUAGGAUGAUGCAUUAUCCAGCUCAACCUGCAACAGAAACACGGGAAGGGUUAGGAGCACACACGGAUUUUGAAUGCUUCACAAUUCUCUCACAGGGAAGUGUCCCUGGCCUGCAGGUAUUGAGCCACAGCGGUGACUGGAUUCUGGCACCCCCUAUCCCCGGAACAAUGGUCGUCAAUAUUGCAGAUUGCUUAUCCACCUGGACUAACAAGAAAUUCAAAUCAACAAUCCACCGAGUGACUAAUCUAUCGGGGGAAGAACGAUACUCAAUUCCCUUCUUUUUUGGAAUCGACUAUAAUGCCACCGUUUCUGUGCUGGAAAACCACACCUCGGUUAAUGACCCACCAUGCAUCGCACCUUUCAAGGCCGGAGAGUGGGUCCGCGAGAAGCUUGCCAAGGCCUACGUGGGCUACGAAGGAUAA